AUGGGAGUACCACGGAACAUCGAACGACAUGCAUACUUAUGGGAAGUAACGAGAAAUGCGGAAUGGAUUCUGUCAGAUCCCGCACCACCAUAUAAUGGACGAAUGAUGUAUACGAGAGUGGCGAGAACAC